AGCCGCGGAGUCCCGCGGAGUCCGCGCUGAGUUCAGUGGGCUGCCGCAGGCUCGUGACCCGUUUCCCGGCUUGGCCAUGUCCAAUCUCACGGUCCGGCUGUCCUCGCCGGCGGGCCGCUCGCGGAUCGUGCUGCCCAGCACGGCGACGCUGGCCGAUCUCCAGGCUGAGGUGAAGGCCCGCUGUGGCGUGGAGCCCAACCAGCAGCAGCUGUCGCUGGACCGAGCAGGGGCCCAGCUCAUCACUGGCGAAGCCAGCAAGCUGCUCACGCAGCUGGGCAUUGCAAAUGGGACAGAGGUCCAUCUGAGCAACCGAGAAGCCAGCAUCGCUGGACAGGUGCUCACGAAGGUUCCGGUGUCGGUGGAACCCGAGGAGCCAGUGGCGAAGGCCAGCGCACCUAGUGGACCUGCCAGUAGUUCUUCUGCAGCGGCAAGCUCCUCUCCUCCCAAGGCCGUUGCCGAUGGCAAAAAGGCUGACCCCAAAUUCGAGACGUUUGAUGCCUUCCUCAGAAAACGACAGUAUGAUGUUGGAGCCCUUCCAGGCAACCAGAAGUAUGUGACUGGACAGAUCAAGAGAGGAGGUAUGAUGAAGUCCUCCCGACUGACGCGUUUGGAGUUCGGUCGAACGACCGUUUCACCGACCGACCUCGGUGCAAUGUCGAGCUCGUUGCGUCGGUCCGGCACGCCGGCGGGGGAGGUCGGGUCGGGUCUGUGCGUUGCGCAGGGAAGCUCCGGUGUCCCUCCUACAGUGGAAACGUUGGUGAAGCCCAGAUUUCGGGGGCCAAGGAAGAGCGUCCUUUUCUCCCUUUGCUUCUACUUUGCUGCCCUGUGAGUUGGAUGCAGGGAUCUAGAGGAUAAUGAUAUAUUGAAACUCAAAGCUACAGAGUGUGAUGGGCCUAGUUCCCCAACACCGAGAAGGCCAACGUUACGCCUUGGCGUCGCAGACCGACCUUUUUGUUCGAAAUGAAGACGACGCGGUCCCGCUCGGACGGGAUCGGCCAGGAUUCCGCCCUCCGUGUCCAUUAAGCAGCAGCCGUGCGCGGAUACCGCGCGGAUCGCGUGGGUGGGGGAGGACGUCGAUCCGCCUCCCAGCUGUUGGAGCUCGAAGCUUCACGAUCCGUUGGGUUCGUUCUACAACGGAUGGCCUGGUCAACUUGAGCGUAUUGGGAGGUCUUAGAUGGUCUUGGAUGGAUGGCGAAAGAGAGGCGGAUUGAAUACAUUCUCCCUGAACUUUCUACUUGAGGCCGGCUCAGCUUAGCUCUAGUUCAAAGCACGCAGACCUUUUUCCCCCCGUCACGGUCUUCGUCUAUUCAUGUCACUUCUGGGUGAAUUUCCUCAUUGGGGCACGUGCAGGAAGGGAGGACUGUUUUGACAUCGGGAAGCGAGAUGGCAAGCCGGACCUCUUGCAGCUCCAGAGUCCUGUCUUCAACACCACAUCCUGACGAGCGUCUUUUCAACUUACC